CCUUUCAUUCAUUCACCGCUCUGGUGAGCUCGCGCGAACUUCGGUUUUUUUCGCCCUCUGACUGUCUUCCACUACGCCUGCGCAGAGGGAGACUGACCUAGAGUGCGCCUGCGCAUUGCUACUCCUUCCCUCCCCUAGUAACAACAGUGCUCCUACCUCCCGCAAACCUGCCUUUCUUUCAUCCUUCAACGGCUUUUUCUUCGGCCGGCGGCGGCGCCUGUCAGCCUCCCUUUCCCGCGCCUCCGUUGCCGCUAUGCAGGGGGACGACGCCCGUUACCUCAAAAGAAAGGUGAAAGGAGGCAACAUUGAUGUUCAUCCAUCAGAAAAGGCACUUAUUGUUCACUAUGAGGUUGAAGCUACAAUACUUGGGGAGAUGGGAGAUCCUAUGCUAGGAGAGCGCAAGGAGUGUCAAAAAAUCAUCCGGUUGAAGAGCCUCAAUGCCAAUACAGACAUUUCUUCUCUGGCUCGGAAGGUGGUGGAAGAAUGCAAACUUAUUCACCCUUCUAAACUAGCUGAGGUGGAACAGUUGCUCUACUACUUGCAGAACCGCAGAGACACUUCUACAGGAAAAGAGAAAAAAGAGAAAUCCAGUAAACCAAAAGAUCCACCUCCUUUUGAAGGGACAGAGAUUGAUGAAGUAGCCAAUAUCAAUGACAUGGAUGAAUACAUUGAGCUGCUCUAUGAAGAUAUUCCUGAUAAGGUGCGUGGCUCUGCACUCAUUCUGCAGCUGGCCAGGAAUCCUGAUAAUCUAGAAGAACUCCUGCUUAAUGAAACUGCGCUGGGUGCUUUGGCCAGAGUACUGAGAGAGGAUUGGAAACAAAGUGUGGAGCUUGCUACUAAUAUAAUUUAUAUAUUUUUCUGCUUCUCUAGCUUUUCUCAAUUUCAUGGACUCAUCACACACUAUAAAAUCGGAGCUCUCUGCAUGAACAUCAUUGACCAUGAGCUGAAGAGACAUGAGCUUUGGCAGGAAGAACUCACCAAGAAGAGGAAAGCUGUUGAUGAUGAUCCGGAUAAUCAAACCCAGAAAAAAGAAUAUGAAAAAACCUUCAAAAAGUAUCAAGGACUGGUUGUCAAGCAAGAGCAGCUGCUUCGAGUUGCCCUUUAUUUGCUGUUGAAUCUCGCCGAAGACACACGCACUGAGCUGAAGAUGCGGAACAAGAAUAUUGUUCACAUGCUGGUGAAAGCUCUGGAUCGAGAGAACUUUGAACUUCUGAUUCUAGUUGUGUCAUUUCUGAAGAAACUCAGCAUCUUCAUGGAGAAUAAAAAUGACAUGGUUGAACUGGAUAUUAUUGAGAAACUGGUGAAAGUGGUACCAUGUGACCAUGAAGACCUGCUGAAUAUCACACUUCGACUUCUGCUGAACCUUUCUUUUGACACCGGCUUGAGAAAUAAAAUGGUACAAGUUGGACUUCUUCCAAAACUCACUGCAUUGUUGGGAAAUGAAAAUUACAAACAGGUGGCCAUGUGUAUUCUCUAUCACAUAAGCAUGGAUGAUCGCUUUAAAUCAAUGUUUGCAUACACUGACUGUAUACCACAGUUAAUGAAGAUGUUAUUCGAGUGUCCCGAGGGGCGCAUUGAUCUGGAACUCAUCUCCUUCUGCAUUAACCUGGCUGCUAACAAGAGGAACGUGCAGCUCAUUUGUGAAGGGAAUGGUCUGAAGAUGCUGAUGAAAAGAGCUCUGAAAUUCAAGGACCCGUUAUUGAUGAAAAUGAUCAGAAACAUUUCUCAGCACGACGGGCCAACCAAAACUCUGUUCAUUGAUUACGUUGGUGAUCUCGCUGCCCAGAUUUCAAAUGAUGAAGAAGAGGAAUUUGUGAUAGAAUGCCUAGGAACAUUAGCCAAUUUAACCUUACCAGAUCUUGAUUGGGAACUUGUGCUGAAAGAGUACAAACUGGUACAAUACCUGAAGGAUAAAUUAAAGCCAGGUUCUGCAGAAGAUGACCUUGUUUUGGAAGUGGUGAUAAUGAUUGGAACUGUCUCCAUGGAUGACUCCUGUGCAGCCCUGCUUGCUAAAUCUGGGAUCAUUCCAGCCCUCAUUGAACUGCUCAAUGCUCAGCAGGAAGAUGAUGAAUUUGUGUGCCAGAUCAUCUAUGUGUUUUACCAGAUGGUCUUCCACCAAGCCACUAGAGAUGUCAUCAUCAAGGACACCCAGGCUCCUGCCUAUCUUAUAGACCUAAUGCAUGAUAAAAAUGCUGAGAUCCGUAAAGUCUGCGACAAUACACUGGAUAUAAUAGCAGAGUAUGAUGAGGAAUGGGCUAAGAAGAUCCAGAGUGAGAAGUUUCGAUGGCACAACUCACAGUGGCUGGAAAUGGUGGAAAGUCGGCAGAUGGAUGAGAAUGAGCAGUAUUUGUAUGGGGAUGACCGUAUUGAGCCAUAUAUCCAUGAAGGGGACAUUUUGGAGCGACCUGAUCUUUACUACAAUGCAGAUGGGCUAAUGGCACACGAUGGAGCAGCCAGUCCUGAUUUCUUCGGUGAUUACCACCUUCAGAACGGAGACCUUGUCAGCCAGCAUCCUUUCCCUGGCAGCGUUGCAAUGGAUGGAUUCGGCCAGCCCGUGGGUAUCCCAAGCCGCCCCACCACCGCUUACGGAUAUCGACCGGACGACCCUUACUACUACAGCUUUGGAGCCCGAUAGAGCAGGCUGCUGUAUUAGAUUAUUCUCUUCCUCUAUAAUCUCAAACAAGAAAAGUUGCUGAACAAAGUCUUUCUCUCCCCCCCCCCCCACCCUUAGUAAUGCAUGAGAGCAGCCUUGACAAGUCUGUGCAGUCUGUUUCUGUUGGUCGGUGUUGCGCUGGAGAAGCCUUAGCUGUUCAGUAACACUUUUAUCUUUUCUUUUGUACAGUGUUUGCCAAAUAUUAAUUAGAAAGUUAACAUUGUUAUGUAUAUUAAGCAGCUAUCUUAAUUUCUAUUUAAAAAAAGAUGAUAUGGUCCCACCAUGCUGGAUGCCCAUGACUUUUGAACUGAACUCCUUUGUUUAUGAGCAAUAAUCGAAUUGGGUAGCAAAUAUAACAGAGUUGUCUUUCCCCCUAUGCGCUUGAAUGAAACUUUUACAUAGGGUUGCCAGCCUCUGGUGGAGGCGCCCCCCCCCAACAGCCCACGUUACCGGCCUCACGCAGGAAGUUAUGUCAUCACUCCAGUGACUUCCAAAUGACACUCUGGUAUUUGGGCAAAAACUCUGGUAGAAGCCGGUUAUACCAUAGAGUUUUUGCUCUAAUACCAGGGUGUUGCCCAGAAUCUGCUGGUGUGAUGACUUCACUUCCUGUGUGACACUGGCAGUGUGGCCUGGGCCUUUUUCUCCUGGUAGCCCCCACUCCCCAUUCCCAGCUGGUUGCCACGAGGGACCAGGUAACUCUACUUUUAAAUCUAGUGCUGGGCUUCAUCUUACUGUGCUGAAUGGGGGCCCCCUUGUAACAUAUCCAUUGGAAAUGACAAUAUGCCGUAUUUAUGGCAUUGCAUUGUUGUAGCACAGAGACGCAAAUACAUUUGUGACUGUAA